AUGUCGGUCAGACCACCAACCUUCCGCGUACUAUGGCGCCAGUGCUUUGCACAACCAGCACGGCCGGGUCUUCACACAAACUCGAGCUCACCAUGGCGUUACUUCAAUUCGAGUGCGCCUCAUUCGGCCAAAGGAGUUUCCCGGACCGUUGACUCGCCGUGGAACGCCGCACAAAGAUCUGGGGGUAACAAAGACCCUCGCGCCCUAGCAAAACUGGAAGCAAAGGUUUUACACACAGGAGACAUGGUCUUGUUCAAGGCCCCUUCUCACCGCACAUAUAAGCUGACCGCGUACGGGUUGGCCGGGUUCUGUUUCGCUUAUUCGCUCUAUAAUUCGAACGAAGUCUUCCGAGAUCCUCUGGUUCCACGUCCUUACUGGCAGAAGGCUUUGUUCGGUGGUAUUUGUGUCGUGAUGAGUGUCAUGGGUACCGUCUUCAUUGCCCGGACAGGCUCUUUGGUCAAAGGCAUCAAAGCAAUCAAUGCCAAUGGCCAGAUGCGUGUGCGCUUCACCGUUUCGAGUAUGGUACCUUUCAAAAAGCCCUAUCAGCUUGAGGUGAAACCCGGUGAGAUUUUCUUCAAGCGCCAGAUCACUGUUUCCGCGGAAGCUGCUCAGCGGUUUGAGAUGGAAAAGGUGAGACUUGGCCGUGGGAUCCAAGAAGAAAUCAAGUUCUUCAAGUCCCCCGCGAAGAAGCUAAGCUACAUGGGCUGGCAGAUCUUCCAGUCCCUGCGCCAGGUCUUCACAAACGAAGACUUUAUUGUUGUGCAGGUUGCAGGUCGCAAGACUCAAUACCGUAUUGACUCCAACGGUUAUAUCUCGGAUGAGCUUUUGAACUUUGGCCGCAUCGUGAACAUGAAGAUGCCAUUGCAACGGUGA